AUGACCCAGGGCAAGGACUCAACUUCCGGCACAGAGGUCCAGGAAGAGGUCACUGGAGGGGUAGAGGUGUCUAAUGCCUCAAGUGAAGAGACAGCUCGCUAUACAAUCUUCUCGGUGCAUUACCGCUGGUAUCUCACCAUUCUGCUGGGUUACCUCUGUCUCGCCUCCUCACUCACCGCCAACAUUUACUUCCCCUUGAUCAACCUCCUCGCUGAGCAAUACAAUGCUACGACACAGGAGAUCAACAUCACUAUCACCGUCUACGUCGUCAUUCAGGGCGUCGCACCAUCAAUAUUCUCUCCCCUCUCGGAUACCCUCGGUCGCCGCCCCGUCUAUCUCUUGAGUUUCGCCCUCUACACGGCCGCCUCUAUCGGUCUCGUCUUCAACACAACCAGUUAUGCUGGCCUUCUCGUCCUGCGCGCCAUACAGAGCGCCGGCGGGUCUGCGACGUUGUCGCUGGCAUACGCUGUCGUCGCCGACUACACAGUCCACGCCGAACGCGGCAAGUUCUUGGGUCCGAUGAUGGCGGCGACGAACCUGGGCCCCAAUAUUGGGCCGGUCAUAGGUGGAGGUGCCAUCCUCGCCACGGGUGAGCCCCGGUGGGCCUUUGUAGCCCUUGUCAUCUUCGGGGGUACUUCGUUGGCUCUGAUAGGGCUAAGUAUGAGGGAGACAAACAGAACCGUUGUGGGGAACGGAUGUAUUGCACCAGACGGUUUAUGGAGGGCGUGGAUGGACAUGCUUUCAGCACGGGCACUUAAGGCUAAGUCGGGCAGCAAUGGUGCCGAUCGAAAGGUCAAUACGGAAGACAAGCAUCAGCCCGGUGCCACUGAGGAAUUGAGGACCGAACACUCCCCGUCUCCGGAAGGCCCUCAAACCUGCGUCCCAGCGGGACGUGGGAAGCUGUCUUUCCCAAAUCCCUUUCUCUCCCUCCGUCUUCUACUAUACAAAGAUGCUUUCACGGUGCUCUACCUCGCCGCAUCACCUUACGGGGCUUGGUACACCAUCACCGCUUCCAUCCCGCUCAUUUACAGCCAGGAGUACCACUUCAACGAUCUCAUUGUUGGCUGCUGCUAUCUUGCCGGUGGUGCUGGGAUCCUUACCGGGGGUUUUGUUGCCGGCAAGCUCAUGGAUUGGAACUACAAACACACGGCUAAGAAAGCGGGAAUUCCAGUGGACCGCGUCCGUGGCACCGACAUAGCCACUUUCCCAAUCGAGGCAGCACGCUCGAGGGCUUCAUACAGCCUCUUGGUCAUCAGCGCAGCUGGCUUCGUCGGCUACGGCUGGACCGUCCAGAAGCACGUGCACCCAGCCGCAUCCCUCGUCCUCCAGUACUUUUUGGGCAUGCUUUGCACUAUAGUCCACCAAGUCUAUAGCGCCUUGUUGGUCGACAUCUUCCCCAACGAGCCGGGCAAGGCCGGAGCCGCGAACAACGUUUGUCGAUGCGCCGUCGCGGCGGCUCUGGUCGCUAUAUCAGAGCCAGUGGUGCGUGCUAUUGGGAGGGGUUGGUUCUUUUCGAUAAUAGGGCUAUGGCAUGGAGUGGGAUCGCUUGUCGCGGUAUGGAUAUUGAGGAGGUGGGCGCCUAGCUGGAGAGCUACCAGGACAGCAUCAGCCAAGUCAUAA